AUGGACGUCAAGCGGCCAAGUACACGUGUGGUUUUUUCGCAAGAUUUGCGCCAACGACAUCCCCUCCAUGUCAGCGACCACCGGGAUGAAGCCUACAAAAACAAUAGUAUGAACAUCCGAAGAGAAAGAAGGCAGGCAUCGACCACGCAUGCACAACUACCACCACAUGAACGGACCGCGACAUAUAACAAAAAACUCGAUGAAGUCCAUCAACACGCGUCACGAACAGCACUUCCACUAGAAGACAACGAUCUGAUUCCGCAAGAAUUGCUCCCCGCUGCCGGCUGCCGAGGAGGCGAGUGGCGUCACGCAACAGAAAUUACGGGUUAUCACACUGCCUAUGUUGCAUUACGGGUUAUCGCAUUGACAUUGCCUCUGUAUUUUUACGGGUUACCAAAUAAGACAUAGUCCUCUAUUGGGCAGACACGUUACAACAACGUGAUUGACAACCUUAUCUACCAUCCUUCGUUUCUACUUUUCCUGUUGGAAAGAAUUCCUAAGAUGGGAAGCAAGGUGAUCUCCAUCUCCUGAAGAUGAAUGCAGUGACAAUAUUAUAUAUAAUCUCAUGAUUAAUAUAUGAUUGGUCUUGGUGGAAGCUCAACCUCUAAAGAGCGCUACCGCUACGUGUCGCAACUGGUCAUCUGGGCAGGGUGCAUCGAUAUGUACGUUCUCGGAGUGCUUGUUCAGGUCGCACUCUCAACGGGAUUGAAGUGCGAGGGAGACGGUUUUCUCGCUGCCUGGUUGUUCUGUGGGCUUCUCGGCUCUUUUCCUCUCACAGUAUUCAUUGACUUAAGGCUCCACGUAAGGCUCCACCUGAUCCAUCCUCAGAGGACAAAUUUUGCAGACGUUUGCAAGGAGAAAAAUAAAUAGACGUUUUAGGACGGAUCAUGAACAAGAAAAUGCGGCAUUUGCAUGAUUAGGACCCAGAAAAAAAUGCUAAUAAUUAGGUUGAGUUCUAAUUGACAACAUCAAACGACGGACAACGUUUCGCAAAGCGUUUGCUUGCGAGGCGUUUUUCACCUCCAUUUCAAUAGUGUGGUUCUGUCUUGGGCUUGGAAUGACGGUCACCUUCGGUAGUGGUCUUUUGGUGACCUACACGACGACUUCAUCUUCCUCGUCAGUAGAAGAAGAGGCUGUCGAUGUAGAUGAUUCUGCAAUAAAGAACCACGUACUACAAUCUCAAGAGUAUUCGUCGGCAAGCGGAGGAGUCGGGGGUUUCAGCCUUUACCCCUCUUCGGAGGACGGUGAGGGAACUGUGGAGGCAGCUGCUACGCAGCACGGUGCGGGUCACAUCAUCGCGUCUCUGUCCGAGGCGGAAAAAGGCGCAUCACGUAUUUUCGAUCUCCUUCGCAAUGGCCGCGCUUUUGACCUAUUGCCUUGGAGUCUUGGCAACAGCACGGCAUCUCCACGAGAAGCAGACGCGACGUCUAAGGGUCAAGAUCAGGAUGAUCAGGAAAGGCAUCCGUUACUGCGUGGACCACGAGAUGAACAGCAGUUAAGCACUAAGCAGCAGGACGAGGAAGAAGCAGCAACGGCGAAUGAUGCAUGGGACAUUAUAUCCCCAGCAAAUGGGCAGUCGAGUAGUAUCUCUAGUAGAGCUGAUAGCGACAGUAGUAGUACCUGUCAGAGUAUAUUGUGGACGACGAGCGUGGCUCUGAGUGCCUUGCAUGCAACGUGUUUCAUACUGCUUACAGCAUUUAGUCUGCUAACGACCCUGGUCCCAGCACUAGUAAAAAUGUUCCUGUACCACGUCAUACUGCGCAAGAAAUAGAAAGCUCUCCUGCAGAGUGCAGCCCGAAGUCGAGGAUCAGUUGUAAUUCAGUGCACGUACUUCACCUGCAUUCUUGCAAGUCAAGUAACGCUAAGGCGCACAGACUACAUGAAUGAUCUUCAUCAAGCUCAAGGACAGU